AUGAAUAGACCUUCCAGCCGUGGCCCGGCUCCACCUCCACCAGUCCGUCCAACGUCAUCUGCAAGAGGACCACCACCUCCUCCUCCUUCACGUUCGGGAGCACCCUCGCAAUCGCCAUCUAUGUAUAGAGCACCAUCGCCUGUGCAGCGAUCGCAAAGCUAUUACAGACAACAGGAUACCGGACCACCAGAAGGGCCUCUAUCUGAAGGUGGCAAGUGGGUAUUCCACUCGCAGUCAGAAUUUUCUCCUCCACCCCCUUUCGAGCGCAAUUUGAAAAGAUACCCAAGUGGAGCAGCGACAGGUUGCUCUGUUGACGUAGAUCUAUCGCAUUUGCGAGGAUAG